UUUCAUUUUCUUCUCUCUGCUGCUCGGCUUGCUGAAACAAGUUCUGAUUUCUGAGGAUUUUGUUCUUCAGCGCCGCCGAGAAGAUUCGAAACCGGAGCGAAGCUAUGACGACGAUUGUUCCCACUUCCGAAGAAGAUCCUUUUCUCGCUGUUGUCCGAUUCACUUCCCAGCUCGCCUGGGCCGAUGCUGGUCCCGAGGCUGCAGAACCAGAAAUUACUAGGCUAUGUAAGGAGGCUGAGGAGUCGAUAGGAGCAGGGAAGUCGCUUGAAUUGGCUACCUUAAUGGUAACUUCUGCUGAAUUGGUAUCUUCCAAGAUAUCUGAGAAAGAUCUUGAGUGUACCUACACCAUAAUUUGUAGUCUUGUUAAGAAUGUGAAAAGCCCUGAGGAACUCCUCGAAAUGGUGAAAGUUAUAUCUUCCAAGGUUGCUCAACAACCGAGUGACAAAGCUUCACUGCGUUUGAAGAUCCUCUUCAAUCUCUACAACCUUCUCGACCAUCCGUAUGCUCGCUUUCAAGUGUACAUGAAAGCUCUAACACUGGCUGUUGAUGGCAAGGUUACUGAGUACAUAGUUUCUUCUUUUAAGAAGAUUGAUAACUUCUUGAAAGAGUGGAAUAUCGACAUUAAACAUCAGAGGGAACUCUUUCUUGCCAUUGCUUAUGUGCUGAGAGAAAACAAAAGCUUGGUGAAAGAAUCCCUUACGUUCUUGACUAAGUAUCUAGCGACUUUCUCUAAUGAGGAGGCUCAGGGCCUAGAUGAAGCUAAGGAGGAGGCUGUGCGUGCAGUUAUCGAAUUUGUCAAAGCUUCCAGUAUUUUCCAGUGUGAUUUAUUGGACUUGCCAGCCGUAGCGCAGUUGGAAAAGGAUGCUAAAUAUGCACCGGUUUACCAGCUUCUGAAGAUCUUUCUUACACAGAGACUAAAUGCCUACACAGAAUUCCAAAUUGCGAAUUCGGAUUUUCUGCAAAGCUAUGGGCUUGUCGAUGAAGAUUGUCUUACGAAAAUGAGAUUGUUGUCACUAGUCGACUUGGCUUCUGAUGAAUCUGGCAAAAUACCUUACGCUUCAAUUAAAGACACGCUAGAGGUAAACGAAGAGGAGGUCGAGUUAUGGAUUGUGAGGGCAAUAACUGCGAAAUUGAUUGAUUGUAAGAUGGAUCAGAUGAACCAAGUUGUAAUUGUCAGCCGCUGUUCCGAACGUGAAUUUGGGACAAAGCAAUGGCAAUCUCUUCGAACAAAGCUUGCGACUUGGAGGGACAACAUUUCAAACAUCAUAACUACAAUCGAAUCGAACAAGGUAACCGAGGAAGGUUCUCAGGCAUCAUCAUCAUCUGCUGUAGCAAUUCAAGGGUUGACUGUUCGUUGAAAAAGCUAUCAAGAGAAACCGUUUGCAUCCCCAGAAAAAGCUCAAUUCUAGAACGAAUCUUUUGUUUUCUUAAAGCUUUCACUCUCUGUGUAUUUGCUUGCAGAGUUUUGUGGUCUUUGAAUCUUUUUUGUCCUUAAAUCAAUGCGGAGACUUCUGCUAUACAAUAUUUUUUGCUUAAUAAUGUUCUUAUUUCGUUGCCA